AUGUAAAUUAACCAAGUUCAAUAUCCAAACUAAAAGUACAAAACUUAGCUCUGCAGACAUUUCAGUAAAUCAUGAUAUAAGUUUAGUAACAAAUGGGAAUUGUGCUUUAGGUGCAAGAUGUUAAUUUGCUCAUGGAAGAUAGGAGCUUAGAGGGAAUGCUAAUGGAUUUUAACCUAAUUCUGAUUUCGUGAUGCCUUAACACCACUAAGGAGCUCUUCCUGUUAAGGUCUAACCAAUUAAUCCCAUGAUUGCGAAUUAUAAGAGUAUUAUUAAGAUUAACCAUUUCAAAGCAUAAUUAUGUAAGCACUUCAAUCCACAAACAGGAUUAUGUAAAAAUGGAGUUACAUGCACAUUUGCUCAUGGUGAAUAGGAACUUAAUUAAAUUAAUCCUUAUUUUCAGAAUCAAUAUAUGCAGCAGCAGUAUUAAAUAAUAAUUAUCACAGGAUUGUUCAUUAGCAAAUCAAAUAGUAAAAUUAGGCUUAAAUAUAAGCUGAACUCACUUAAUAAAUUUUAAUUAUGAUUCUUACAAACAUGGAACAUGUUUUCCCAGACUCAUAAGUAAAUAGUCUCCAUAAUUUAGGACAUAAUAAACCUAUUAAGACAAGGAUAAGAAAAAGCAAAAUAAGGUGAUAAUUAAGGAGCGAGUGAAAUUAUUAAAUUAAUUAUUCACGACGAGCAAAGGACUAAAGAAGAAAAAUAAUAAUAUCAAUAGAUUUAUAAUAAUGCUUAAAGACAUUAUGAUUCCAAAUUAAAAGAGUACUUAAAUCAAUGAUUUUUAUAUUAUUAUAUGUGAAAG